CGCUAAACCCGGUUCUUCGCACGGAGGACGCUCCCGCUCGCUCGCAUCGCCGGAUGAGAGAAGGCGGCGGCCCGCAGGCUCCACAAGGCCUCCGCUCUACUUGACAGACCCUCCCUGGUCUGAAAUCUCAAGAUGGCCUCCAGCUCAGGCAGCGACCCCCGCCCAGCUCCUGAUGAAAAUGAGUUUCCAUUUGGUUGCCCCCCAGCUGCCUCCCAGGACCCCUCAGAGCCCAGGCCUCUCUGCUGCGCCACCUGUCUCUCUGAGAAACUGAGAGAUGGUGAAGAUCUGAUCUGUACCAAAUGCAGAGCAGAAAACCUCCAACCUGUGAGCCCGGGAAGCCUUCUGACUCAGGAGAAGGGUCACCCUGAGGUGUCUGAGGCUGGAGUCCUGUGUCCCUUUGCAGGUGUUGGCUGUUCCUUCAAGGGGAGCCCACAAUCCAUGCAGGAGCACGAGGUCACCUCCCAGGCCUCCCACCUGCACCUGCUGCUGGGGGUCCUAAAAGAGUGGAAAUCCUUGUCAGGCUCCAACCUGGGCUCCACGCCCAUGGCCCUGGAGCGGAACCUGUCAGAGCUGCAGCUUCAGGCAGCUGUGGAAGUGACUGGGGACCUGGAGGUCGACUGCUACCAGGCACCUUGCUGUGAGAGCCAGGAUGAACAGGCCCUGUGGCACCUCCUGAAAGAGAAGCAGUUGGCUCAGCUGGAGGAGAAACUGCGUGUGUUUGAGAACAUCGUGGCUGUACUCAAUAAGGAGGUGGAGGCUUCCCACCUAGCACUGGCCGCCUCCAUCCACCAGAGCCAGCUGGACAGAGAGCACAUCCUGAGCUUGGAGCAGAGGGUGGUGGAGUUGCAACAGACCCUGGCCCAAAAGGAUCAGGUCCUGGGCAAGCUGGAGCAGAGCCUGCGGCUCAUGGAGGAGGCCUCCUUUGAUGGCACUUUCCUGUGGAAGAUCACCAAUGUCACCAGACGGUGUCAUGAGUCAGUGUGCGGCAGGACUAUCAGCCUCUUCUCUCCAGCUUUCUACACAGCCAAGUAUGGUUACAAGCUGUGUCUGCGAUUGUACCUGAAUGGGGAUGGCUCAGGCAAGAAGACCCACCUGUCCCUGUUCAUUGUCAUCAUGAGAGGAGAGUAUGAUGCUCUACUGCCCUGGCCAUUCCGGAACAAGGUCACAUUCAUGCUACUCGACCAGAACAACCGUGAACACGCCAUUGAUGCCUUCAGGCCUGACCUGAGCUCGGCCUCCUUCCAGCGGCCGCAGAGUGAGACCAACGUGGCCAGUGGCUGCCCGCUCUUCUUCCCCCUCAGUAAGCUGCAGUCGCCCAAGCACGCCUACGUAAAAGAUGACACGAUGUUCCUCAAGUGCAUUGUGGACACCAGUGCUUAGGGAUGGGGCAAGUCUCCUGAGGGGAACCAACUCAGACUAGGGGACUUAGCUGGAUAGGCCUCCAGGCCCUGCCCUUGGAGCCCACAGUGCAAGACAAGGAUGGGCUGCAGCUGGCGUGACCGGAGUGCCACAGCGGCUUGGUUGUGGCUAUGGGGAGAGCAGGAGACCUGGAGCUGUGCCUGCAGAGACAGAGUAGGGAAGGCAAAAGUGCUCUCUUCACACAGACUACGUAAUGGCAGGAGGCAGGCACACCAGCAGACUGUCACACCAGGAAGCUGGCACACCUGGAAGCAGGCACACCCACAGGCUGGCACAUGAAGAAGACAGCACACCCACAGGCUGGCACACCAGAAGACCGACACACCUGGAGACCGGCACACCAGGAGACCGGCACACAAGCAGACCAGCAUGCCAGCAGGUCCUGAAUGUUGAGACCACCUUAAGACUGGCCUGAGGCAUGGAUGUUGAGCCAAGGCUAUGGGGCCUAAGCAGAGGAGCACUCCUCCUGGGAAGGUCUCUGUAGGCCAGUGGAAACUGGAAACACGUCCAGUCUCUUUGUCCAGACUCAGAUCUAGAACCACAGGCAGAAGGGUCAGAGGCUAGUGUGAGUUUGUCCUGCCCGGGGCUGGGUUCCUAUGUUAACAGAUAAAUCCGGAAGCUGUACCAGGAAAAGCUUGCUGGUUGGAUUCAAAGACCUUUGAUGUUGUUACAGACAAAACAAAUAAUAACAAGCUUCCUGUCCCUGGUGAGGCUACACCC